AUGGCCUUCAUACUCCGACGGCCGUUCGCAGUCGCGGCAACGCUGCGACAAGCGCUGCCCAAGCAACCCCAGCCUGUCUUCGCGCGCGCGUUCCACAACACGCCGCUGAAGCAGCAUCCCAACUUCUUCACCCCCAAGACACCGACGGUUGCCUCAGCAAACAAUGUCCUCCGCUUCCGUACCACGUUCCGCCGCUCGUACCAGCAGUCUGCCUACAACCCUGUGGCCCAGGGUGACCUGCGACAGCGUCUCAUGUACGGUGCCGGCAUCUUCGGCGCCACUCUGCUCGGCAUCAACUUCAUCUUCAACCGGGAGACGCGUGAGGACGGCGGCAUGCCCGACUUCGAGCGGCGGUACUUGAACGACACCUUUAUGCACACUGGCCUCGGAAUUGGCAUCAUCGGCGUCGCGGCGCGCGCUUUGCACAUGAACGGAUGGAGCUUCCGGCUGAUGGCUGCGAACCCGUGGCUGGUUCUCGGUGUCGGUCUCGUUGGUAGCAUCGGCACCAUGUAUGGCACUCGCGCGACACACCCGGAUAACUACGUGCAGAAGUACGGCCUCUGGACCGCCUUCAACCUCUGCCAAGCCGCCCUCCUCUCGCCGCUUUUCUUCUACCACCCCGCCAUCCUCGCCCGCGCCGGCCUCUACACCGCCGGCAUGAUGGGAUCCAUCGCAUUUGUCGGCGCCACCGCCAAGCAGGAGAAGUACCUCUACCUCGGCGGCCCUCUCCUCGCUGGUGUCGCCAUCGUCGCUCUCUCCGGUCUCGCCCCUAUGGUCAUUCCCGCCACCGCUGCACGAACACUUAUGUGGUCCGAGAACAUCUGGCUGUACGGUGGUCUCGCUGUAUUCGGCGGCUUCACGCUGUACGAUGUGCAGAAGGUGCUGCACCACGCGAGGCUGGCUGAGCGGGGUCUUAUGCCCAAGGAUGCCGUCAACGAGUCCAUUUCUCUUGAGCUGGACUUUAUCAACAUCUUCGUUCGCAUGGUGCAGAUUCUGGCGAUGCAGCAGAGCAGGAGGAAGUAG